UUAAAAAGCCGUGUCACUCACUCCAUGUUUUUCCCCCAGAGACGAACAGUAUCGUAUCAUGUGGAACGAGCUGGAGACGUUGGUGAAAACUCACGCCGGAGCCACGGACCGACACCAGAGAGUUCUCGACUGCAUCAUCGCCUGCCGCAGCAAACCCCCCGAGGAAGAGGAGAAGGAGAAGAAGAAGAGGGGGAGGAAGAGGGAGGACAAGGAGGACAAGACGGAGAAAAAUGGCAGCAAGGAUGCAGACGACAAAAGCUGGCAGGAGUCGGAAAGACUAAAGGGUUUGCUGGAUAAGGAAGAGCCGGAGUCUGAGGUGAUCAAAGACUCCCCAGAUUCUCCAGAACCGGCCAAUAAGAAGCCUCGCCUCUCCAUUGAGGAGGUCCCGCCUCCAGAGAGAGCCAAAGGUCCUGUCUCGCUGCUCACGAUGUGGAGCAACCGCAUCACAGCAGCGAACUCCAGGAAGCACCAAGAGUUCAUGGGAAGAGUGAGCUCCGUCAACAACAAGUUCGAGCUGUACCAGCAGCUCAAAGAGGAGAAUGGGAUGGAUGUUCACGAAAACGGAAAGUCCUCCAGAUGAUGUCUCCACAGAUCUCAGCCCCGCCCACAAAGAGAUUUUUGGACCACAGUGUUGUCUUAGGAAGAAAAGACGACAAAAUGAAAUAGAUGGUGAACUCUUAACGAGGAAUUUAUACGUUUUUUAACUCAUUAUUUUGUAGAUAUGCUGUUCACAUAUUGUGUAACACAAUAAAAUCUGUUGAAUAUGGAAGUGAUGAAUUGAA